AUGUCUACUGCCGUCGAGAACAAAGCCGACAACCAGGCCCCUACCACUGCCAAUGAGGCCACCAACGGUACUGCGCCUGCACCUGCUGCUGCCCAGCCCACCACCGAUGCUGCGGCGGCCAGUGCCGAUGAGGGUCGUCGGCUGUAUAUUGGGAACCUCGCGUAUGCGACCACUGAGGGGGAGCUCAAGGAGUUCUUCCAGAGCUACACGAUUGAAAGCACCUCCAUUCCUGUGAAUCCCCGCACUAACCGCCCUGUUGGCUAUGCGUUUGUGGACCUCGCCACUGCUCUUGAGGCCACCGCUGCUAUCGAGGAGCUCUCCGGCAAGGAGAUCCUCCAGCGCAAGGUUUCGGUUCAGUUGGCCCGCAAGCCAGAGCCCGCCGAGGCGAAGGCGGAGGGUGCUGCAAGUGGCGGUGAGGGCGCCAGUGGCACAGAAGGCCGCAAGAGGGUUGGCGGUCGUGCCCGUGGCCGCGGUCGCGGCCGUGGCCGUGGAGGCCGUUUCGGUCGUGGAGGUCGCAGCGGUCCUGCCACCACCGAGGUCCCUGUGAACGUUCCCGGCCAGGUUGAUCCCUUGACUGAGAUCACCAACGAGGCCGAUGCCGCUGCCCCCGAGUCCGCUAAGCAGGCCGGCAAGCCUCGUGCCCCUCGUCCUCAGAAGCAGCGUGGUCCCCCCGAGGAUGGCAUUCCUUCCAAGACCAAGGUCAUGGUGGCUAACCUGCCCUACGAUCUGACCGAGGAUAAGCUCAAGGAGAUCUUUGCCGACUACCAGCCCGUGUCCGCCAAGAUUGCCCUGCGCCCCAUCCCUCGUUUCAUGAUCAAGAAGCUUCAGGCCCGCAACGAGCGUCGCAAGGGCCGUGGUUUCGGUUUCGUCACCCUUGGUUCUGAGGAGCUCCAGGAGAAGGCCGUUCAGGAGAUGAACGGUAAGGAGAUUGAAGGCCGUGAGAUCGCCGUCAAGGUUGCCAUCGACAGCCCUGGCAAGGAAGAUGAGCCUCUUUCCCCUAGCGAGCACACUGAGGCUGCUGCUGCUGCUCCUGCGGCCGCUGCUGAGGCGGAUGCCCCUACUACCGCUGCCACCGAGACUCCUGCUGCCGCUCCCGCCGCCGCGGAGAAGGAGAACGCUGCCCCCGCUGCUGCUUAA